AUGCCGGAUCCUACUCCACCGCCCAACUUGUUCCGCAGAAAGAAGGAAAAUAGGCGUGGUAUUACAUAUACCAUGCUCCUAUGCGGUCCGUCCGGUACUGGUAAGACAACGUUUGCAAAUAAUCUGUUAGAAUCAAAGGUUUUUCCCCACAAGUACAAUCAAAUGGAUUCGUAUGAGAUUUCUCCUAACGUGCGAGUUGUGUCGCCUACAAAAGUUGUAUCUUUCAAUUCGAAAAACGGUAUCCCAUCUUACAUGUCACCUUUCGAUCCCGUCCGAGCAGAACUGGAACCAGGAAUUACAGUGACGUCCACUUCUGUUGAGAUUGGUCUUCAGGAGUCUGCAGAGAAGAAUACUCACGAUCCGGCUCAGGAGGAAGACGAAGUCAUACUGUUCAACUUGGUCACUGCCCAUGGCAUAGGCGAAAAUUUGGAUGACUCGCUGUGUUUUGAGGAGAUCUCCAUGUAUCUGGAACAGCAGUUCGACAUCGUUCUUGCUGAGGAGACGCGGAUCAGAAGAAAUCCCAGGUUUGAGGAUACGAGAGUUCAUAUUGCUCUUUACUUUAUCGAACCUACGGGCCAUGGCUUGAGAGAAGUUGAUAUAGAACUUAUGAAACGCAUUUCGCGAUACACAAAUGUUUUGCCGAUCAUUUCAAAAGCAGAUGCCUUCACCAAGGAAGAAUUGAACGAGUUUAGGAAGAAUAUCAUGGAUGACAUCCAAAGGUUCCACGUCCCGGUGUACAAAUUUGAGGUUGAUCCCGAAGAGGACGACCUAGAAACUAUAGAGGAAAACCAGGCUUUAGCAAAUCUGCAGCCCUUUGCUGUCGUAUGCUCAGAUGUCAAAAAUGAGAAUGGUUAUUACGUCCGAGAAUAUCCAUGGGGCACCGUUUCGAUCAAUGAUGAACGAGUGUCAGAUUUGCACAUACUGAAGAACGUACUAUUUGGAUCGCAUCUACAAGAAUUCAAGGACACAACUCAGAACUUACUUUACGAGAAUUACCGAGCCGAAAAGUUAUCUUCUGUUUCUGAAGCAGAGUCUAUCGAGAAAGACACCGUCACCAAAAGCAGAGAAUCUAAUGCACCAAGUUUAAGUAAUUUCGCUUCUUUGGUCAAUACCGGACAUUUCAAAUCUUCUCAAUCAUUGGCGCUAUCAUCUGAAUUACCUGCUACUCCAAAGCUGAAAUCGCCCGAUGAUGAUCAAUAUAGUUCACCAAUAAGACAAAUUUCUCAGUCGAUUAAGAAUGAAAAUGAGGAGAUCAUCAGAACGAUAAAGCAAGAGUCUCCCAGGUUGAACGCGGCAGACGCCCCUGAAAGAAGUAAGCUGAGAAAUAUCUCCGAGACUGUACCUUAUGUUUUAAGACAUGAAAGGAUUAUCGCAAGGCAGCAAAAACUGGAAAAGUUGGAGGCCCAGUCAGCUAAGGAGCUUCAGGCUCGUAUUCUAGAGCUCGAGAAGAAAGCUCAUGAUUUGAAACUAAGAGAGAAGCUUUUACGAGAAAGAAAGCACAGUGAAUCCUCAUCGUCGUUGGCAUCCUCACAAGCAACUCCAUAUCCACAAGGGCAACAAAUCAAGAAAGAAGAUACUCAUACAGACUUGGCAUCCGUCGCAUCGAGUCAGAAGUAA